AUGCCUGAUCAGCUAGGGGCGAGAGACGGGCGUGGGAGCGGGGAGCGGAGGAGUCAAGGCCCAAUUGGUGCAAGGCCGGCUGGGGGCGCUGGGAGGCGAGAUGGGGGGAUGGGUCUAGGACUGAUGGUGCAAAACUGCCAGGAAGGGGGAGGGCUCCAGGCCUGUUGGUAUAAGACUUCCGUGGGGAGAGAAGGCGAGAGUGGCGGGGACGUGGACAUGUCCGAAAGAAAGGAUGGGCGUUGGAAGAUCCAGGAUGAUUAUUGUUACAUUCUUACUGUGGACUCAAGCAGUGAUGAAGAACUGGAUUACGUCUCAUCACUCAGCUACACGGUGAUCGACUCAGACUCUGACAAUGAAUACCUCUGUGAGCGAAAGAGAGCUAAGAUAGCUGAAAUACAUAGCAAAGAUGAGAUUCUGGAAGUGUCUGAUACCCAUGAGCAGCCACCCCAGGGGUGUCCAGUACUUAUCACUGAUGAUGAAGAUGAUCAUAAUGAUUUGGAGGGCCCUGUGCUAAUAGAAGAUGAUUCGUGUGAUGAGGACCAAACUCCCUCAAAUGAGAAAAAGAAGAAUGAGUGUGCUGUCUACCGACACAACUCAUCUCAUGUUGUUGAUAAUCAGGAUCUUGGGGAGGAUGUCUGCCAGCCACCAAGUGAUGAUCCUAAGGCUGAGCUAGAGAUUUCAGCUGGAAAGUUGUCACGUGAUGAAGAGCCUGUAUGUUUGGUGGCAAAACCAAGGAAAAGGAAAUAUAAAACCAAAAACAUACCUGUGACACCUGUUGUUAAAAGACCAAAGAAGCAUGAGCCUUUAAAGGAGAAACCCAGAGCAGCAGAAUUUGAAAAAUGCGAGCCUGGGCAUUCUGAAUGCAAAAUACCUGGAUGUUUCUUGCGUGGCAUUGAGAACUCAAAGCAGUAUUCUGGAAAGAAUUUCAAGCAAAAUAAGGAUGAACUGGUUCAGAAAAUCUACGAUCUGUGUAACAGCUCUGUCUUUGAUAAAAAGCUGCCAGAGAAAAUUGACAUCACCUGGAAUAAAAAGAUGCUGAGAACUGCUGGUUUAUGUGCCGCUGGCGAGAUUCAGCACCUGAAGGGGGAGCGUUUUGCUAAGAUUCAGCUUUCUCAGAAAGUCUGUGAUUCUGCAGACCGACUCCGGGAUACUUUGAUCCAUGAGAUAUGCCACGUAGCCUCCUGGCUGCUCGAUGGCAAACGUGAUUUUCAUGGUGAUACAUGGAAGAAUUAUGCCCGAAAAUUGAAUAUGGUGCACCCGGAGCUGCCCAAGGUCACCCGUUGCCAUGACUACAAGAUUAACUACAAGAUUUAUUAUGAGUGUACUAAUUGCAAAUUCAGGGUCGGCCGCUACUCCAAAUCAUUGGACACCAAGCGCUUCAUCUGUGCUAGGUGCAAGGGCUCUCUGGUCAUUCUGCCAUUAACUCGUAAAGAUGGAACCCCCAUUAAGCCCCACGUGAGACCAUUUGCCAAGUAUGUGCAGGAGAAUUACAGGAUAGUCAGGAAGGAGAUGGCAGGGAUAGGUCAUGGGGAUGUGAUGAGAAAGCUCAGCAAGGAUUUUAAUGCCAAAAAACAAAGCCAGGUUCGUUGAGGUUAUCUGAGAAUGUAUUUGUGUGAGGUGAGUCACCUAUUGGUA